GAUCCGCUCGCUGUUCGAGCAGGCGUCUCUGAAGAAACGGUCCAAGAGACAGCAAGGCAAGAAACACAAUUGGGAGACGGGAGUUGAGGAUAGGCCUGUACGAGCGGAAGUGACGAUGGGGCCGGAGGAUGAGGCAUCCCCGGAGUGGACACAAAGGGAACGACGUGGGAGGCCCCGAGGCACUUCACCCGAGACCUGCGACCAGGAGCUUACACACUGCAUAACGCCGAGGGAAGCCAUCGCGGCUGCCGAUACGGUGCUGGCAUUUCUUGGCCAGCCCGAGCUGCGAGAAGUGAUGGCCCAGACGGACUGUCUGUCGAUUGUGAUGGUCCGGAGUCGGUUGCGGGAGCAGGUUGAUCUCCCGCAGCACUCCGCUUCUUCGGUCUUCGUCUGCUAG